AUGGAUUCACCUAUAAGAAAAGUCCAGAAAGGACUAAUAAACAAGACAUGGGAGCGAUGCAAAUCAUUUGGUGGCAUUGGAAGAUCCAAAAGAUCAUCAAUAUUUUAUCAACGUGGGAAAAGUAAAUCGUUGCCGCACGAUCUUUCCACCACUCUAAAUCACGAUCAAGAAGAAAAACAAAUGAUCAAGAAACUUAGGGUGGCUCCUCAAGGUUGCUUUUUCAUCUACGUUGGAGCCCAGAAACAAAGGUUUGUUAUCAAGACUGAGUAUAUAAACCAUCCUCUCUUCAAGAUUCUGCUUGAAGAAGCUGAAUCUGAAUAUGGAUACAAAACUGAAGGCCCUUUAAAGCUUCCGUGUGAAGUUGAGAUUUUCAUAAAGAUUGGUGGUGGAGUGGCUUUUGUUGGUAGAGGUGGUGAAUCUGGCAUGGAUGUGUUGAUAAGUGGUGGUUUUGUAGUUGAAAAUGGUGGUGAUGGUGGUUUUGGCAGCAAUGACGAUGGUGAUGCUGUUAGGGGCUUGUGA